AUGGACCCGAUUCCAGAGCUUCAUGAGGCCGUGACGCUAUUUAAUUGGACUGGCUACACAUUCGUGGGUCUUGUAUUGGUUUUCGUUUUCUUUCUUUGCGUGCGCAAGUCUCUCUUCUUUCUCACGUUGCGCAGCUUCCGUGACGGUCCGUACGUCUUAGGUCAGCACCAGUGGAGACCUGGUAAUCUUGCAGGCCCACAAUGGUGUAAUGUGUGCGAAUCCAUCGUCUACGGCAUCCGAAGCUAUGUUGUCAAGUGCGAUAUCUGCGGCAUGCACGCUCACGCACAAUGCGCAGCCAACACAAAGAACUAUAGAGGUUUAAGCGGACCUUCGCGUGACGUUGCUGCACUGCCAACUCCAUCUCCAUGGACUUGCAGAGCACCUGGAGUAUCCGGGUUGCCUUCGCCGAGUAGGGUAGCGACACAACAUUUCCGACACAUGUGGGUGAAGGGCAAUAUUGACCCUAUGGACUCAUGUUUACUGUGCGGCCUAUUAUGUGGAAGUAUCUUAGCACUUUCUGGACUGAAGUGUGCCUGGUGUCAUGUUCGUGUGCACGAAGAGUGCUUUCAGCGGGCGAUGGCCAGCAUUCAUAAGCCCCCGCAUUUGCGUCGCUGUGACUUCGGUAAACAUGCGCGCCUCAUUGUGCCUCCAUCUUGUGUCAUUAUACAUGAGCUUGUCUCAAUCAGCAGCAAGUCACAAUGCGCACUUAACUCGGUUCGCAGCGCAGCUCAUUGUGCAGUCACAAAGAUGUCAAAAAUUCGACUUCGACGCGGGAUCAGCGAUGCCACUCUUUCACCAAGAAAACUGCGCAGUGAUGCUGCAGUCGUAAGUGGAAAUGGGUCGACUAUGUUGGAUCCUCCAUAUCAUCUGGUCGAGACCCCUAAAGAGGUCACUCCACUUUUAGUUUUUAUUAACAGUCGAAGUGGUGGCAAAUUGGGUUUGCACGUCUUGCGUCAAAUGCGAACUUGGCUCAAUCCAGUGCAAGUAUACGAUCUUUCACAUCAAAGCCCGAUUAAACCCUUGCGUCUGUUCAUUAAACUCCCUCGGCUUCGGCUUCUAGUUUGUGGUGGUGACGGAACUGUGGGUUGGGUGUUAAGUGCGCUCGAUGAGAUCAAAGUUAAGCGCCAGCCGCCAAUCGCUAUUUUACCAUUAGGAACGGGAAAUGAUUUGGCACGCGUGCUUGGCUGGUGUACUGGAUUGUCAGCUUCAACAGACGUGGACGUGGGCGAGGCGUCAAAACGUAUUGUGAUGAACAAUUACAUGGGUAUUGGUGUUGACGCGCAAGUAGCACUUGAGUUCCACAAACAGCGUGAGCGAUCACCUGGAUUGUUUGUGAGUCAGUUUGUAAAUAAAUUGUGGUACAGUCAGUUUGGUGCGAAGAACUUCCUUGUCCGUACAUGUGCUGGUCUAUCCAAAAAGGUUAGUCUUGUGUGCGAUGAAAAGCUUAUCAAGAUUCCAGUAGGAGCAGAGGGCAUCAUCUUGCUAAACAUUAAUAGUUACGGUGGCGGCUCCAAACUUUGGCACGAUGACUCUGACGACGAAGACUCCAACUUGGCAGGCUCGUCUUCACUCAAUGACAGAUUGCUGGAUGUCGUAGCAGUAUAUGGCACGCUUCACCUAGGGAAAAUGCAAGUAGGAUUGUCGAAGGCUGAGCGUCUAUGUCAAGCAAAGUCGGUGUGUCUUACUUUGAACGAGACGUUACCGGUUCAAAUUGAUGGUGAACCAUGGCUGCAAAUUCCAAGUGUAGUGAGAAUAUCCUUUCUUCAGCAAGCUUUGAUGCUAAACCGUACAUUAGGGGAGCGUGAUAUGGUGACGAAGAAGAUUGGUGAGGUUCUAGAUUGGGCUGAGCACACCGAUGUUAUCUCGUCGACGCAGCACGAUGUGUUGCUAUUAGAGAUUGCCCGACGAGUUGCGGAAAAUGCUGCAUCUCGACAUCAAACAAAGUCUUAUGCGCUUAAUUGUCAUCAUGGCCAAGAACGACAUUCCUUUCUUGUGGCGGAUAAAUUUAUGUCUGGCAAUCAAUCGCAGAGAGUUAGAGACUUAUAG